AUGAUACACGAAGCCGCUAUGGCCGGGUUCGAGGCAACGUUCCCGGCAGGAACAACACUAACCACUGCAACAACUCGAAACCAAUCAGAAAUCUCCAGCGAAAUCCUUGACAAAGUCUUAACUACAACCACCGCUUCGUUGUCGAUUGUUGGAACGCUUGUUAUUAUGAUUACAUUCGUGCUGUGGCCAGACAUAAGAACGAACUCACGCAAAAUCAUCGUGUGUAUAUCAAUCGGAGAUUUUUUCGUUGCGUGCUCAAAUAUUUUAGGUGUAUGGGAAAGAGAAAUGGAUCAUUGGAAAAGUGCGUGCGAAAUACAAGCAGCGAUUGGCAUGGUAGCGGUUCUUUCCACCUUCUUUUGGACAGUUUAUUUGUCGGUAUAUUUUUACCUGGUUAUCAGUAAGAAAAUAUCCGUAGACUCAGAAAGGCGAAUAAUGCUGUGGUUUCACUUCACUGGCUGGGGAAUUCCUUUGGCGAUAACAGCAAUCGCCAAAGAAAAGGGGGCCACUGGAUAUUCAGGGGAUUUAGUCUCCUCGGGAUGGUGUUGGAUUAGUUCUGAUCAGCCCUGGUGGAAAAUGCUCCUGUGGAUGGUCAUUGCUGGAAAGGGAUGGGAGAUCUUGGCGUACAUUACCAUCUCUGUGUUCUAUGUGUUGAUCAAGUUGUCGAUAAGGCGAGAGGUACAGUAACAGACAGUAGUAGUUUCAGCUAUUUGCUUCGCUAGCGUAGUUUAAGGUCACGUAACUUACGUCUAGUUAUACUGUCAAACUGGUCUAAACUGUAAUUUCUCAUUCUUUAUUCUCUUCGAGCGGAGGCCCUUCAAUAUUCCUUGACUUAUCGUGGGGGUGAGAACUGAAGGACCUCUGCUGGCAAGGUACGUCUUGUCAAUGAAUUUUCCUUGAAACAAUCACCCCAGUUUAUUCUUAUCAAGUUUCACAGUGUUCGUGACUAAAAUCAGUUAAACUUAAAUAAGAAAUGAAAUGGCCGUUUUUAUGCUAGAGACGUUAAAGUCGUCUGAGACGUUAAAGUCGUCUUAGGACGACUUUAACGUCUAGUAUAAAAACGGUAAAUAAGGCAGACGACUUUAACGUCUGACGACUUUAACGUCUUUUGUUAAGUGCGUCCGAACGACGCACUUAACAGACGGCUUUAACGUCUCAGACGUUAAAGUCGUCUGGUAUAAAGACGGGUCGUCGUAAACUAGGACGCAUUUAUGCUCGACUCGUCCAGAGACGACUGGGACGAGUGCAAAGCAUCAUGGCAGCCAAGAAGAGCGGGCUUGAAGUUCAUUUUUGGCGCCGCUUUAACUCGUGUCCAGUGUCUUCCGAGAUUAGAGCCUAGUCCUUUUUUCAGAAAAAUCUACUUUUUUAAAGGAGGUCGUCUACUUUUGUGCGUCCCGUUUUUACACUAGACGACUUUAACGUCUCAGACGUUAAAUGCGUCUAGACGACUUUAACGUCUCUAGCAUAAAAACGGCCAAUGAAAUGAUAUGUGUAGAGAGAAGAACCCGGAAAAAAUUCUGAGUCGCAGAUGGGAACUCAGAAAGUUCCAGAUGGGAACUCAGAAUACCGUAUUUCCACGAAUAAUAGCCGUCCCUCGAUUAAUCGCCACCCUUGAAUAAUCGCCACCCCCAACCCUUCUCGCCAUCUUCUGUUUCUUUUAUCCCCUCCCGGUCAAGUUUAAGUGGAAUCUGAUCUAGCAAAACUGAUUAGUGACAAUUCAACAGCAACAACAACAAGGUGUUAUCGAUUAAAAUAACAACAAACAGCUAAAUUUAAGGAAAUGAAGAUAUAAUGGAAUGUUAGAAUUAAUUAUGUUUUUUUCGCUGAUAUGUGAAUCAGUAUUGUUAAAAAGAAACAGACUUUAUCAUGGAUAUUGUAUAUUUGUAAAUAAUGUAUUUCGGUCGUUGAUUUUAAUAAAAAGAGUCUUUCUCAAAUCAUUAUAUAGAUUACAGUGAUUUCAUUUUCAACCGAAUUUAGGUUGCAGUGAUGACAGAUUCUAAGGUCUUCAGAAGUUUUGGGAAUUGUAAACCUUCCAGUUUCUAUUUUUAUAUUACGAUUUCCUAUACCCUGUAUAUCCUAAAUUUGGAAGCCACACGCCUAUGUUCAGGAUUCCGGAUAUGAAUGAUGAAUUCGGAGUAAUUUGUUUCAUUUUUAAAGAUGGAAUAGAAUUUUAGUUUUUUAUUUGUUCUUAUCAAAUUUAGCUGGUGGUUUUUUAGUAGUUUUGACAAAUUAUUUACAGCUUUAGAUAGAAAAGUAGUAGGGUUUUUAAAGUUAACUGAUUGUUUAUUAAUAUUAAGUUGUGUACACAAAAGAUUCAUUUUAUUUAUUACACCUGAUUUAUUUUCUUCGGCCGUUUUAUCCGAUAUGUUUAAGCAGAGUUUCGCGAUGCUGUCAGGGGGUUGAUUUUCAAGGUGAAUCCAAAACUUGAAAAAACUAACUUGCCAGUGAUUCUGUUGGCACUCCAAAUACCCGUUCCCCACCCAGCCCCCGAACCCCCCCACCCCUCGAGCACAAACAUAAAUUGCAGGGAAGCGUCUGUUCCAGGCUUUCAGAUUGUGGGGAUGGCGCAAACAGGGGUGGUGGACAGGAAAAACAGUGGCCUCGCGCCACACAUCCCUAUCUGAGUGUCUGAAACAGGCUAAAGAUGAAUCGUCGUAUCGCAGGUUACCGUAAGUAAUGAUAGACCAGCUUUCUAACGUGAAAUGUUCUUCUUUGAGAUACCUUUGAUCCACGAUGGAGUCAUUGACCGCCAAUCUUCUUGUUCUUUUAGGUGAGCAAGGGAUUUGCCUCACGAAGUCUGUUUUUAACAAUGGAAUCUGUUAAGGUAUUGAAGAAGGCGGAUCGAAAGUUAACAUUCAUUCCUGUGCUGUUCAUAUUACUGCGCAUGUGGGGAACCAUAAGAUUUUUCCGUUUCCUGGCCUGUUUGCCAGACUGUCACCAUUUAGGACCACGACCUGCCUACAGAUGGCUUGAAAUUCUUCAGGUGAGUAUGCAGCCCGUAGAAGAUUGUCCCAGAAAACUCUUCCCUAUUUACUUGUGUGUCGCCCUCAACCUCUCCGGUCUGAAGCGCCAAAAACGAAGGUUAUGUUCACGCUAUACUGGGUAGCUUUUCUUGCCAACACGAAAAGCUAUUCGGUAUAGCAUGAACAGCAUCGGCACAGAACUGGAACAAGCUGGUCGUUCACAGCCUCUUUCCGAGUCGUCCUGUGACGUCACCCGUCAAGCUUGUCGGGAAAAUUCGCCCAGGUUAUCGCGCUCGGUUCCGAGCCUCCUCUUGUAACUCGGAUAGCGCGAACUGGCCUGGGUACGAGGCUGAGUCGCAACAUGGAACAAAUCGAACAUCGCGCCGGAGCGGUUUGACGAGAGGGUUUGGUGAACUAAAUCCCAGUCCUCAUUGCCGAAAAUUCACUUCCGUCUUAGCGGAUUCCGCUCCUUUUCCUUCGUUAUUCACUUCCGCUAUAGUCUCCCUCGCAGCCGUUUUUAGUAUCGUCACGCAACGCUCCUCCAGUGGGGAGGAGCGUUGCGUGACGAUACUAAAAACGGCUGCGAGGGAGACUACUUCCGCUACGGUUCGAAUAUACCUGUGGCACACUACAUCAAAGUGUAGCACAGAACGUACGCGAAAUAUGAAGCUCUGAUUCACUUUCGAGAUCGGAAGCUCAGCUUCGCUCCGUUAUGGUAUGAUCUUCGUGCCGGCGCAAAAGCAAUCCGGUAUAGUGUUAACAUGGCCUUUAAUGAGGACCUACUAUAAAAAGUUCCUCUAGUUUUUUCCAGGUGUUCAGAUAAUGCGGAAGACGCAAUGAAGUGAGCAGAAAGAAAGGGUGACUAGAACCACAUAUAUAUAUCAUCCGCUCCGCAUUUUGCGCCAUUCUCCUCUACCUUUAUGCCUUGAAAAGUCUUCCACGUUUUCUCUUGUGCAGCCCCAUGCCUUUGCUUAAGAACUCUCCGCAGUGUUGUGACCUAGCUACUAGCUUGGAAAACACAUGAUCACUAGUUUUUAUUAACUACCAACUUUAUGUACUUUCAGGGUAUUGGAGAUUCCAGCCAAGGCUUUGCAAAUUUCGUUUUGUUUUGCCUGUUCACUGAGAAGAUAAGAGAGAAAUUUAGAGUUUGUGACCAGCACCGAGCAGUUUCUCGCCGCAGUCUGGAGACGUCAAACUCAUUCCUUAAAAGUACAAAUUACGGUGCUAUAGACUGA